GAGGAGGCGGCGGCCGAAAACACUGAGCAGAAAAGAAAAAACCGAGCGCGCAAAACCCUAAACCCUAGCCCCCCAUCCCUCCCCAAAUCCUCCCCUCGCGGCUGCAGGGGACGGAGACCGCCGAGCCGCCAUGGCGACCCUCCUGAGGCGCGCGUCGCUGCGGCGGGCCAUCGCCUCCGCCGCCUCGGCCGCCACCGCCUCCAGCCCCGAGAGCUAUAGGCAGGUGAUAUGUGGCUCUACCUUUCAUUGCCGAGAUUUCGCAUCUAAAGCCAAAAAGAAGUCAAAGUCAAGUGGCACCGACUCCGGUGAGGAGAAUAUGUCAAAGAAAGACUUGGCUUUACAUCAGGCCAUUGAUCAAAUAACAACUUCGUUCGGGAAAGGAGCAAUAAUGUGGCUUGGCCGCUCUGAAGGUCAUAGAGAAGUACCUGUUGUGUCUACCGGAUCUUUCUCUUUGGAUCUGGCACUGGGAAUUGGUGGGCUUCCAAAGGGACGUGUUAUAGAGGUGUACGGCCCAGAGGCUUCAGGAAAGACAACUCUUGCUCUUCACGUUAUUGCAGAAGCACAAAAGCUUAGCGGCGGUGGUUAUUGUGCAUUUGUAGAUGCAGAGCAUGCUUUGGAUCCAACUCUGGCAGAGUCAAUUGGUGUCGACACCGGUAACUUGCUUCUCUCUCAGCCAGACUCUGCUGAGCAAGCACUCAGUCUUGUAGACACGCUGAUUCGAAGUGGCUCUGUUGAUGUUGUUGUUGUUGACAGUGUAGCAGCUCUUGUCCCCAAGACCGAGCUUGAUGGAGAGAUGGGUGAUGCACAUGUGGCUCUCCAAGCCAGACUGAUGAGUCAAGCUCUUCGCAAACUGAGCCAUUCUCUUUCACUAUCCCAGACAGUUUUGCUAUUUAUUAAUCAGAUCAGGUCUAAGGUACAGACGUUUGGGGGAGGAUUUGGAGGGCCACAAGAGGUCACUUCCGGUGGAAAUGCCCUUAAAUUUUAUGCCUCAGUUCGCCUGAACAUCAGGCGAAUUGGCAUGGUAAAGAAAGGUGAAGAGAUUAUAGGAAGUCAGGUUACUGUGAAGAUUGUGAAAAACAAGCAUGCCCCACCGUUCAGGACUGCACAGUUUGAGCUGGAAUUUGGAAAAGGAAUAUGCCGCAGUUCAGAGCUUUUUGAUCUUGGGUUAAAGCACAAGCUUGUUAAAAAGACCGGGGGCGCGUAUUAUUCUUUCAACGAACAGCAGUUCCAUGGUAAAGAUGCCGUUAAAGCUUUCCUUACUAAAAACGAGAGCGUCGCGAAAGAACUGGAGAUGGAGCUAAGGAGAUUGAUCCAAACUGAACCGCCUAGAAAGCCGGAGGCUGAGGACGAUCUGCUGGACGAUUCGCCUGAAGAGAUUGUCAGACCUGAAACGUCAUUGGAAGAGGAUAUGGCCGCUAUAAUCGGGGCUUAACCAGCGAUGAUAAGUGAGCUAGGAACGUUACUUGCGGCGCGGAGGAUUGUAUUUUGGACUUGGGACCUUGUGUUCUUACUGUACUGGAAAAUGAGGAAGGGUGCUCGAGAGGCAAAAUUAUGGUAGCUGCUUAGGGUAGGCAUUGGGGUGGAUUUGGGGAGGAGGGGGCGAGGGGAGGGAUCAGGAUUCAGUACAGUAGCAUGUAAUCAUGUAUAUAUGUUGCAUGCCUUGACUAUUUCCUCUUGUCUAAGUAAGGUCCAGCAACAUUCUUGACUGAGCAGCUACAGUUGCCGCUGCUACUUGAAGAAUUUGAUUCUCCUGCUCCA